GGCCGCCGGAGCGAACGGGAGGCGCUGGAGGGAGCCGCCUCUCGCUCCUUUCCCUGCCCACAAAAAGGGGAAGGUCCGCUUUGUUCCCGCGGCCGCCUCCUUCCGUCCCAGCCAAGCCGAGAAGAGAGCCUCCUGGGCGGUCGGGAGGGUCCUUUUUCUCCGGUUCGGCAUGGACAACCGAGGAGGCCGUCGCUCCGACCGCUGAAGCCUUGAGUCCAAGCCCGGCUGUGGCGGCGCCUCUUUGGGGCCACGAAACAGCAGCAGCCGCUGGAAGAGGAAGGGGAGGCGCCGGUCAACUCCCAGCCUCGCCGAGGGGCCGGUCUACCCAGCGUCGGACCGAGGCGUCUAAGGGACUAGUUACUCCAUUCCAAGCCGAGGAAGACAUCCAAGGGGCGGCUUAUUCUCAGGCAAGAAGCCGCUCUACUGACGACUUUAGCAAGAUUCCGGUCUACCAAAGCUUGUUUGAGCUCCCGGUCUACUCGAAUUGGAUUCAGCCGGUCUACUGAGUAUAUUGUUUGAGCUCCCGGUCUACUCGAAUUGGAUUCAGCCGGUCUACUGAGUAUCACACUGAAGGGCUGGCCCACUCUAUCUAUCCAGGAGCUGGUCUACUCGACUCAAGGGUGGGUUCCUUGUCUUACCAAGGGCCAGGUCUCAUUUACCAAGGUCUCGGUGGGCUUUGAGACCCACCAUGGCACUGCAUCCGAGGGCCACCUAGAGCCCGGCUCCGGAGUCCCCCGGGAAGCCCCACCGCAGGGAAAGGGUCUCCACUAUCUCGUUCUUCUCCUGAGGCCACCAUGGAGGAGUGGCGGCAGUGUGGGCGCUGGCUCAUCGACUGCAAGGUGCUGCCGGCCAACCACCGGGUGGUGUGGCCCUCGGCCGUGGUCUUCGAGCUGGCCCAGGCCCUCCGGGACGGGGUCCUGCUCUGCCAGUUGCUCCACAACCUGGCCCCCGGAUCCAUCGACCUCAAGGACAUCAACUUCCGGCCACAGAUGUCCCAGUUCCUCUGCUUGAAGAACAUCCGGACGUUCCUCAAAGUGUGCCACGACAAAUUCGGCCUCCGCAACAGCGAGCUCUUCGACCCCUUCGACCUUUUCGAUGUGCGGGAUUUCGGAAAAGUGAUCUCCGCGGUCUCUCGGCUCUCGUACCACACCAUUGCGCAGAACAAAGGAAUUAGGCCGUUCCCUUCGGAAGAAACCACCCAGAAUGAUGACGAUGUCUAUCGGAGUUUGGAGGAAUUGGCGGACGAGCACGAUUUGGGGGAGGACAUUUACGACUGCGUCCCGUGUGAAGAUGAAGGGGACGACAUCUAUGAGGACAUCAUCAAGGUGGAGGUGCAGCAGCCCAUGAUCAGAUAUAUGCAGAAAAUGGGAAUGACGGAGGAUGACAAAAGAAACUGCUGUUUGCUGGAAAUUCAGGAGACGGAGGCCAAAUACUACAAGACCCUGGAGGAGAUCGAAAAGAACUACAUGAAUCCCUUACGGUUGAUCCUGACUCCGCAAGACAUGGAAGCCAUAUUUAUCAAUCUGGAGGACCUCAUCAAAGUCCACUUCAACUUCCUGAGAGCCAUCGACGUGUCCAUGAUGUCUGGAGGGAGCAGCUUGGCCAAAGUGUUUCUAGAAUUCAAGGAAAGGCUCCUGAUUUAUGGGGAAUACUGCAGCCGGAUGGAGAACGCUCAGACGACGCUCAACCAUCUCAUGGCCAACCGAGAAGAUGUGCGGCAAAAAGUCGAGGAAUGUACCUUGAAGGUUCAGGACGGGAAGUUCAAACUGCAAGACUUGUUGGUGGUGCCGAUGCAAAGGGUCUUGAAGUAUCACCUCUUGUUAAAAGAGCUCCUCAGCCAUUCGUCCGAUCGGCCAGAGAAGCAGUCGCUGAAGGAAGCCCUGGAGGCGAUGCAGGAUCUAGCCAUGUACAUCAAUGAGGUGAAACGGGACAAAGAGACGUUGAAGAAAAUAAGCGAAUUUCAGAGCUCUAUCGAAAACUUGCCGGUGAAACUGGAAGAAUAUGGGAGGCCAAAGAUCGAUGGAGAGCUGAAGGUCCGGUCCAUAGUCAACCACACAAAGCAAGAUAGGUAUUUAUUUCUAUUCGACAAAGUAGUGAUCGUCUGCAAGAGGAAAGGCUACAACUACGAGCAAAAGGACAUCAUCGAYCUGCUUUGCUACAAGAUGACCGACGAUCCCACGAACAACAAGGACAUCAAGAAGUCGCAUGGAAAAAUGUGGUCUUACGGCUUCUACCUCACUCACCUCCAAGGCAAGCAGGGCUUCCAGUUCUUCUGCAAGACGGAAGACAUGAAGAGGAAAUGGAUGGAGCAGUUCGAAAUGGCCAUGUCCAACAUUAAGCCGGAUAAAGCCAUGGCCAACAACCACAAUUUCCAGAUGUACACCUUCGACAAGACGACCAACUGCAAAGCUUGCAAAAUGUUUUUAAGAGGGACCUUCUACCAAGGCUACCAGUGCAUGAAGUGCAAAGUUGGGGCUCACAAGGAAUGCUUGGAAAUCAUCCCGCCCUGCAAAAUCAGUUCUCCGGCCGACCAGGACUUGCUGAAUAUAGGUCCCAAAAUGGUGGCCGUUCAGAAUUAUCACGGAAACCCGGCACCUCCUGGGAAACCUGUGUUGACUUUCCAAACCGGAGAAGUCAUAGAGCUGCUCAGAGGGGAUCCGGACUCACAAUGGUGGGAGGGACGGCUCAUCUUGUCCAAGAAGUCUGGAUAUUUCCCCAGUUCGUUGGUGAAGCCCUGUCCUGUGGAUGCAAGGCCUCCCAUUUCCCGGCCUUCCUCGCGAGAGAUGGACUACUCAGCUUAUCCUUGGUUUGCAGGCAAUAUGGAGAGGCAGCAGACAGACAACCUCCUCAAGUUGCACUCCAGUGGGACGUACCUGAUCCGCGAGAGACCGGCAGAAGCUGAACGUUUUGCUAUCAGCAUUAAGUUUAACGACGAAGUGAAGCACAUCAAGGUGGUGGAGAAGGACAAUUGGAUCCACAUCACCGAAGCCAAAAAAUUUGAAAGCCUUUUGGAACUCGUUGAAUACUAUCAAACCCAUUCCUUGAAGGAGAGCUUUAAACAACUGGACACGACACUGAAGUAUCCUUACAAAUCUAGGGAACGCGUUGCAUCCAGAACCUUGACGCGAUCGCCAGCUGCCUGCGCUUCCUACAAUUUUUCCUUUCUCAGCCCUCAGAGUCACAACUUCACUUCUCAGAAUUCCUCCACUCCUUUCUGGUCAGUAUUCACACCUCGGGUCAUUGGGACGGCCGUCGCAAGGUACAACUUUGCGGCGAGGGACAUGCGGGAGCUCUCCUUGAGAGAAGGAGACGUGGUGAAGAUCUACAGCCGGAUCGGCGGCGACCAGGGCUGGUGGAAAGGCGAGACCAACGGGAGGAUCGGCUGGUUUCCUUCGACCUACGUGGAGGAGGAAGUGGUGCAAUGACCAUCGGAUCCGCAGACACCGUCCGCAGACGCCAGGAAACGAUGUCUUGCCGAGCAUCCUCUCCCUGUCCCUGGGGCACCAAGUGACUGUCCCUCUCCUCAGCACUAACCUUUAGACAUGAGAUGGGGAAGGCUCUGGUGGGCCCCACUUCUGGUCUCCAAAAAAGUGUGGGUGGGGGCACGAGCUCACACGCGUGACCCCAAGAGGCAUGGACACGCUUCUGUGAGCGAGUGGGUUGGGAGAGGUUGCGCUGCUCCUCGGGGCUAGUCUUAUUUGUACAUAAGAGGUUCGAACAAUGUUUCAUGUUGGGUCAUGUGUGCCGAGAGCAUCCGAGGGGAGACCAGACGGCUUCACUGUUGUUCCACUUGGGGUCCUCUUGGUAGAGGUUGGACUCAAGCAAAACACCUUCUAUGCAAGGGGAAAUGAGAGAAGAUAAGAGUAAGGGGUGAACAUGAAGGAAAGGGGGAGUCCUCAUAUUUUCUCCUGGGAUCUUUGGCCAUAAGGGUGAUGGCAUUACAUACAUUCCAAGGAACUCUGGAACAUCUCAAGGCACUUUGGACCCUGAGAUCUUCACGGUGUGGCAAGGUAGCUGGACCUUGCUCAAGCUUGAGAAGAAAGCUUGAGCAAUUGCUUUGUUUGGUGACCUAUCCAAUAGGGACAUUUGGGUUGAGGAUGAAUUAAUAAAAAUGAAGAAGUGGCAGAAGAUCAACUCGGAUGGAGUCUCUUCUUCUGGAAAAGGAUGAGUGAGGGGUAAACACGGAGGAAAGAGGUUUGAGG